GAGCCAUUGUCAGGACUUUGACAGGGCCAUUGAAAGUAAAAAAAAAGUCUUUUUGUUAGUCUUUGGUCUGGUUUCUGCUCAAAGAAUUUGCAAGAAGACACUGACGAGUCUUAUAAGCAAAGCGGUGAUUGUAUGUUUUAAGUUUACAAACUGUUUUAAUUGAUCGAAAAUGGUACGUUUUUAAUUGAUCGUAAAUGGGACGUUUUCGAUCGUUUUUGUCAGAUCUAUUGUUUUCCAACAAUUCUGUCAUCGAAAGCUUAAUAAAUGGCAUUUCGAAGCUCUGAAAUAAACGCUCUUCGUACUUGUGCAAUCUGAACAAUCUCCCUUGAAGGAUAUAGACUCUGAAAAUGGAUAAACUGACGAGAUUUAACCGGUUAAUCACACUGCUGUUGUUAAUCCUCUUAUUAUCGACCUUCGUCGACCUCGGGUCAGCUCGGGACGCCGACUAUUACCUCGAAAGAUGGUCCAAGAAGGGCCACGGGCCUGCAGACCACCACCACAGGCUCUCCCCGAUUAUCUCCCAGCCUUCCUUGGUGACGUCGCCGCCGAAUGUAAUACCUUCCUAUGGCAACACUUCCCUGUCGACAGAUUUCGCCAACGGCACCGAAAACCGGAACUCGAGAUUCUUUCAAAUAUCUAUAUCCCCAGUCUUCCCUCUGUUUUCGCUGAUAACCAUCGCCAACACGCCUUGCAGCGCCUCCGGGGGGAGCAAUGGCACUUGCUACAGCGCCAACCAGUGCAAGAACCUUGGAGGGGCAGCCUCGGGAACUUGUGCACAGGGCCUUGGGACCUGUUGCGUUUUCCAAACGACCUGCGGGGGCCAGGCGUCUCAGAACUGCACCUACUUCGUCAACGACGGUUACCCUAAAGUCUUCAACGGCGCCAGUUCUUGCCAGCUUCGGGUUAACAAGAUGAAUUCGAGCGUCUGUCAGCUAAGGCUGGAUUUCGACAACUUCAUUCUCUCCCCUCCGGAAUCGAAGGACCACCAGUGCUUGAAUGAUAGGUUCUACGUCUCUGGCGGGACUCCCGUUCCCGUCAUCUGUGGAACAAACACCGGGAAUCACAUGUACGUGGACAUUGGGAACACCUUGCCCCUGGUUCUCACAGUCGUCACCAUGGGGCCAUCCUUCGACAGGAGUUGGAAGAUCAAAGUGACGCAGAUUCCGUGCAACUCGGAUUACACAGCUCCCACAAACUGCCUGCAGUGGUUCCAAGGAGUGUCUGGCCAGAUCAAAUCCUACAAUUUCGACUUGACCUCUGGUCUCCAACUGUCGAACCAAGACUACAGCAUCUGCAUCAGGACAGAGAAGAACUUCUGUGGGAUCCAGUACGCUGCUUGUGCUGACGCUGUGAACACGCAGUCGCAGUCGUUCACGGUAACCGGAAGAACGACGGGCGGGACGAGGGUGGGCAGCAGAGUGGGCGCGACCAGCUGCCCCUUCGACUGGCUCCUGAUCCCGUGCGUGUCCGCCAACAGCCAGAAGCCCUUCACCAGCUGCCAGGAGCGCCUCUGCGGCGACAGCUUCAACGUCAUAGAAUCCACGACGGCUGGCAAUGUCGUCGUUUACAGUCAGGUAAAGCCCUUUACACUGGUGUAUCACACAGACGACAAAGAGGACGCCUCUGUCCCAACCGAAAAUGGCAACAGGGGAUUCUGCUUGGACUAUGUCCAACAGCCAUGCGUCUAGUCCAACAUUCUUGUUGCCUUCCUGAACUUCAAAUGCUCCUAAGGUCAGGUCAAGCCCUUCGUGCUGGUAUACCACACCGAUGACAAAGAAGAAACGUCUGUCCCAACAGAAAAUGACAACAGAGGGUUCUGCCUAGACUAUGUCCAACAGCCGUGUGUGUAGGUGAAGCCGUUUCGGAGGCAUAGCCCAUCUGCUGCUACUCUACUUUAUCCCCAACUACGCGGUCUUCAGGAGAUAAGAAUGAGCAAGGGAGCCGUUUCAAAAGCAAUUUCCAUCUACUACUACUACUGCUACUACGACUACCGUACCCUAGCUCAAUUUACGCACCUCUGCGAUGUCUGCGUGCAGUGUUUACAUCAGUUUAUGAGUUUUCUUGAUGUUUUCCUUUUGUUUCUGUGUAGUUUAGUUUCUCUGGAUAUUAAAUUAUCGUCCGUUGUCAUUAUAAAAGAUUGUAUAGCUUUCGUGACUUUCUUUUUUUGCCUUGGAUCCUGUUGAUCACAACCAUGUAUACGAAUCACUUCAAAUGUCAAAGAUCAUGUUAGGUAGGCUAAUUAUUUAUGCAAAGAUUUAUAGAUGUAUGGAAAAUGGGGUGUAAUGGUUGGUAUGCAGAAUACUGUCUAUAACCUUAGAAUUUUACCUUUUAUAGUUAAAGAGCAUUAACAUGCAUUUACAUCUUUAAAAAAAAACUAUAUCGUACAAUUACAUGAGAUAGUCUCUUGGUGCCAUGGUAUUCAUUCAAAUGUAUCUUUCAGUGACAUCAAUUUCCACUCUGUUUUCAUGUGUAUAAUCAUAUGUAUGCAAUACAUGAAAGCAUUUAAUCAUACGAAACACGUAUUAUGCAAAUUUCUGUCUAUGUUACUACGUAACUAUUGAUGAAACAGCAUUAUUUCGUCAGAGAGAAUGCGACGUCAUGCAAAGCGAGUCAGGUGUGUCAUCACAGCGAUUGCAAAAUAGUUCGGUUUUUCCAAGUUUCCCUGAAAAGGAUUUUUCUUCUUCUUUUGGUAGGAUUCGAAAUAUCCUCUUCUUUCGCCUCCGCGUCCUGAAUGUUCGGUUCACCCACUGUCUAGACUUUAGAUCACGGUCUAGGGAUUCAGCGUAAGGAGCUUUGGCCCCUGUUUUCGCCAAACACCGCAUUAAGGAUUAUUGCGACAUCAAAACAAAUGUGUUGCCUGCUUUUAUUUAUAAAAACAAGCCAACACGGAGUCUAGAGUUUAGUUAUGUUUAAAGUAUA